CCACACCGCGACCACGACGGUCGUCUCUUCCCGGUUCUCCGGUGUCCCGCACACGUUCCAGACGUUUUUCGUUUUUUUCCAACCCCAACCCCUCCCCCCUCCCUCAACAAUUUUCUUUCAGUCCGCCAACACGUACGCACGGCAUAACCCGCGUGGAUUAUAAUAACUUUAUAGUUUUAUUAUUUUUCUCACCGCAGUGACUCUCGGCAGGAAAAAAGACGAAACAAUUAAAACGUGAGUACCUACCAUACACAAUUUCAUUAUGAAUUAUUAACAUUAUCGGCCUAUUAUUUCAAUUGCUUUUUUUUUUUUCUUUUGCUUAAAAAAUGCGACUCUCCCUCGACACAAAGUCACGAACCUGUGCCGACUGUAACCCAAGCCUAGACUUAUGUACGCGAAUAAAAGUAUUCGAAUUCGAUUUUGUGACGGUCGGAUAAUAUAUUUCAUCUCUUUUUUUUCAUCGUUUCAUUUCCAAUAGGUUUUUUUUUUCUGUUCAAGAUUUCGUUUGAUGAAAAUAAAAACUUCCACUUAAAAAAAUAAUCGUUUCCAAUUAUAGAUACCGAAAAGUUUUCUUUAUUAGUGUAUCCGAAAUACACAUAAAAUAUCUAUUUAUUUCGUGACGAAUUUUUUGUUUUUUUAUUUUUUUAACCACAUUUUAAUAGUAUCUGUAUAUACAAAUUGACGAGAAAAAAAUUUGGAUUUUUAGAAAAUUUGUAUUUUAAAAAAUUGUCAUCCAAUUAUUCGUUUUCUAUUGUUAGUAUAAGACGUAUCUACGACUCGUACGUUUUUUACAUUUUUUCUUAUACAUUUUUAACGAUACAUUGAAAAAGUAUAAAUUUUUUUAUCAUAUACACAUACUGCAAUAUGAUUAUAAUAAUAAAAUAUAAUACCGAAGGUUUUUGACCCGCAAAACAUUUCACUGUCCAGUUUCAUCCGCGCGCGCGCGCGCGGUUGUUGACCAAAACUUAACCACCGGAAAAUUACUGGUUUUUUAUAUUUUUUUUUCUACACACACGCCUAAAAAUCUAUACGCAUAUAUUAUGUUAUUAUAUUAAUUUAAAAAAAAAAAACAAACGUUCGCACUGCACACCCGUCAAUUCUGUAAACACAUACUAAAAAAUACGUUAUGCACACACUCCCCGCAUAGACAUCAGUAAAAAAAAAAAAACAUUUCCGCAUACAGUAUGAUCAGUUUUUUUUUUUUUUUCGUAGUUCUUAUUAUUAUCUAAAUAUUUCGACCGGACGAUCACUCUUAAAAAAAUCGGUUUUCGAAGGACGAUUUUAUUUGUUAUUAAGGAAUUAUUGAUACCGCGUUUUUUAAAAUAAAUUUCAAAUCUUCACACCCAAGCGUUAUCUUAUUCAAUUCGUUUUUUUCCAUCCGAUUAAUACAAUUGUUUGCCUGUCAAAAGUUUAUUACAAUAAUAAUAAUAUUACGGUAUUUCAAUUUUACAUGAAAUGUGUAAAAGUUUUAUGUUAUUAAAUCGAGUAAUUAUGUGUUAUUUUAUAAUUAUUGUUUUUUUACUUGCAAUAAUUUUUUUUCGUUUUUAUAUGAAGAAUUCGCACGUAUUAUUUAAUUUAUUUUUUUUUUAAAUCGAGACAAAAAUCUUGAUAGUACUUUUCAAUGAACUUUAAGCAGUGCGGAGAAUAAAAGUACAAAUCAAAGUCGCUCGGAAAUAAUAAUACUGUCGGCAUAUGCUGACGCAGGUGGCAUAAUAAAAAUGUAAAAUUGUUAACGUAUCCGUUUGAGAAAAUGUGUAAUUUUUAUUGCUCACUCAAAACAAGGGAGGAGACAGCGGUCAAAGCGGUUAGAACUCCGAAAAAUGAUAAAUAUAUUUACCGAAAAUCGAGGAGCGUUCACGAACACUUUCGUGAAAUUUCCACACAAGACUUGUCGCGCACACACAAACACACAUACACAUUUAAUCCGUAUAAAAAUGUUAUACUAAUAGGGUUUAGAAAUGAACUGCACACCCGCCCCCUAAAAUAAUGUCCUACGCAUAUGACUGUUUCAGCAAAUAUAAAGCAAAACUUAGUCUUAAAACUUAUAUUGCGUAUAUUGUAAAGAAUUAUGAUUUUUAAUAGAAACUAUAUGAUAUAAGUUUUUGAAAUUUCGUUAAAAACGUCCGAGUGACUGAAUCACCGUCCCCCGGAUUCCGAAGACUUAAACUUAAGGGGAUUGAACAUUUUACCGGAAACAAAAAGAGGGGCUCGCCCGCACCUGCACUUCGACCGCUGGGGAAGGAGCGAUAAACGUUUAGAAAACAAACAUAAACGCGUGUACCUUCGUCGGCAUAGGCGCUCCGCACUUGCGCAGGUACGUACAAUAUCGCCGGAUUUAAAAUGCACGAACGAAUCUUGAUCGCGCUGUAUACAUACGGGUAAUUGCCCGUUGGCUGUUACAAUAAUACGAUGGCAUGACUGCCGCUAAUUUUAUCUGCGCGUCGUCAAACGGGUAUUUUUGCCGUAUUCUAAUCACUUCCAGAGCGAUAUUAUGUGUGCAUAUAUUUAAAUAUACAUGAUUAUAAGACGCUUGAAAACCGCGUGCGCGUAUUAUACACGACCGAUACACGAUAAUAUUGUACGGGUGUAAAUACGUGAAAUGCGAAAACGUUAGGAAGACGAAUGAAAUAAAAAAAAAAAACCGUAACGGAAACCCUUUGACACGGAUUCUGGCGAACGCGCGGACCGUUAUUAACGUACGUUAUAAUAUAUCGUAUAUAAUAUUAUAUUUUAUGUAUACUUCAGUGUCGAUGAACCGUACAAUGGUUUAUCGAGAGCAUAAUAAUAAUAAUACGUAAACAAAUAAAAUACGACUGUUCCGGACCUAACCCGCAGAUUCGCGGUGAUUCAAGGGGGGGGGGGGGAUUCGAAACGGAUAUUCCGUUCCUUUGUCCGACACAUUUUCAUUAUAUACGAGCGAUUUUUAGACCAACUACGUUCUGUCCGUCAGUACGCGACCGACGCAUACAGUGAUGAAGCGAUUUUGGAAUUCUGAAAACCCAUUUGAAUUGCGCGUGAGUUGUAAUAUUAACCUAUAUAGGUUAGGUAGGUUAGGUUAGGUAUAUGUGAGAUCGGCAGCGGUGACUUUUUCGAUUUUUAAUCCUUGUAAUAUUUUUCUCAAACGAUCGAUUUGAACGUGUAUAUAUAAAAAAAAAAAAAAAAACUUAAAGAAAAUUUAAACCAUAGAUACGGUCUAUAAAUACCGCGUAUGUGUUAGACAAAGGAAUGGGAUAUCCGUUUUGAAUCUCCCAUAAGAGCGCAUUGGCGUGAAAUGGGGGUAGUUGCCCCUACACCCUGUGGACUGAAUUAAAAAAAAUCAUAGUAUAUUACGUGUAGUUAGGUUAUUUCAAUUUACGCGUAUAUUUAUGAUUGAUUAUUAUUGUAUCUUUGAUGCAUUAUGCUGUAAAGAUCUUAGUCAGAAAUUAUGUGUUGUCUAUGUCCAGCUGCAUGUAUCUUUAUCAAUUAUUAUUAAAGUAUACAAUAUGGUCAAUACGCACUGAGAUUCAAAAUAUGCGUCGUCUUCAAAACGCGAUUGUCGUCUACACAUUUUUUUAAUCGGAGUUUCCUCUCUAAAAACGAUUUUUAAAUAGACCUUUUCGUUAGUUUUACGCGUUUGUCCGUUAGAAAAACCACAAACUGGCGACUGAAUUAUGAAUAAGGCGACAUUUCGACAUGACAUAAAUUAUGCGAGUAUAUAGGUAGGUACACAUAAAACCUCGUUCGGCAAGUGUGGGUACCUAUACAUAGAAAAUGUAAGUAAAUACAGCGACAUCUUCUCGUUUUAAUUAUUUUUUUCCGACUACGGAAUGCCGUUUUAUUUUUUUUUAAGAAAUAAUAUUAUUGUAGUAAAAAGUUAUCUCUAUAUAAGCGUUAACCCGCAAAGCUUUGGAAUACACUGUCUAUAACCAAUACGUCUUAUUAUACAAACCGGACGGGGAAGAAAGUGAUUGUGGAAAUACGAGUAUUUCCCGUAUAUAAAAUUCUGUAGGUAAAGGUAAAUGUAUUUUUUUUUUUUAUUUAUUUAUACAUUACUUCGAUGAAAUACCUUAUAAUAAUUCUAUUGAAAAUAAUAAUUAUAUAAAAAAAAAAUUCGAAAUCGUGAAAUAAUAUUUCUUUUAAAUAAUUCUUUUCUACUCUUUUGAGUUAAAAAAAAAUAAUGAAAUUCGUCAAUAGGUAUGACAUAUUAUAUUAUGUUCAGCUUAUUGUAUACAAUGAUCAGGGGUGCUCUGUCAAUAUUAUCAUACUGGCAAGUGUAAUUAUUAAUAAUUUCACUCUCAAUAAAGAAUAAUAAACAGAAAAGAAAAAAAAAUUGACGGCAAUAAAAAAAAAUAAUAAUAAAAUCGAUCAUAUAUGACAAAAGGGGAACGAUCGGAAAAUUAAUUGAAUGGAACUGGUAUUUUUUUAAGAAAAUAUUUCUUUGUAGGAAUAAAAUUUCAAUAUGAAACGGUAUAUAGAUAUUUGUAAAGAACAUUAGCAUUUAGGAAUACGACCCUGUUACGGAAUAGUACUAGAAUACUAUACAUUACUCGUAUGAUUAGAUUUUCUUAUUUUAAAAAUAAAUGUACACCGACAGACCUAAUGAGUCUUCAAACCGUUUUGGGCGAAAUAACGCAGCGCUUUGGUAACCUCAAACCCCACCAUCUUCGGGGGCUUUUAUUUUAAUAAGACACAGUUAUCACUAUUGAUUGUCAAUAUUAUCUCAAUAAAUACUAUUCCAUACAAAGGAAUGAACAAUUUGUUAUGUUUAUUUGUUAUAUUUGCGGUAUUCGAAUAGACAGGCGACUCUGUUGCGUGGUAUGUACACGUAUUUGUACGUUAGCAAUAUAUUCGAUUUUGAAUUCAGAUAGUUGUCCGUGAUCAAGGUAUUGGGGGAAAAAUAUUAAUAAUUUGUAAUAAAAAGAGUCCGUUAUAGAUAGGUCGAAAAUCAUUGAAAUGCCUACCAUUUUGCCGGGACCUUAUUAUUUUGUCCGUUAAGACAGGUCUCACUGUACUUCUCUUUUUGCAAAUAAUAUUAUGUUAUUUCCGAUAUGUAUUGUCAACUCGGAUAUAUUCAAUGUUGAACAUAUUUUGUAUAUAAUUUAAAAUGAUUAUAUAACCUAAUCUACAUAAUAUUUAACGUAUCCUCCAAGAGUCGUAUUAUUGAUUGUUUUUUUUUUUUUCUGUAAAAUUGCUUAUUAUUAAAUUGUGUUUGAAAAGUGGCGUAAGGAGGGACGAACCCGCCCGCGGUCUAGGUACCUAUAUUGAGUUCCGCAAAAGUUGCAAGGGGCGCUAAUUUUCUCGCAGUCCUCUAUUUUCUUCCAGUUCGAACGCCGAAUUUAUUAGGUUAGAUUUUCCCGACAGUGCCUCUUGAAUGGUUUUCCGAUUGCGGUCCGGUAACCCUCGGUCAAAUGUCUCGGUGACCGCGCGUGUAGCAACUGCGCGGGCACGUGCACACGCCGCCGGAGAGAAAUUAACGGCGCGUAACAAUAAACGAAAGUUUCCGCGCGAUUCUCUCCGUCGACAAACGUUCAGCUCGUAUACGAGUAUGAUAUACGGUGUGUGCCAUUCAGUCCGACCGACGACACAUGUGGGACUCGCGGGAAAAGUCUCCCCCCCUACUCCGUUGAAACGAUAAUCGUCUAAGAAUAAUAAUAAUAAUAAUAACACGACAAUAAUCGGUUUCUCGGUUGGGUGUCCGCGUAUGUGGGCCAAAAGAAAAAAAAAAUAUAUGUAGUUCAAUAGACGCGUAUCGAGGACAAUUCCGAAGCAUAAUAACAUAUAAGACUAUAAUACGACUACCUGUGGACUCGCACGCGCGUAUGUGACAUAUUUUAUACAGGAUGAUUACUUUAAACGUAACGUCGCGGACGGUAAUAAUUAAACCGAUAUCUAUGGCGGCCAGCUAUUGUGUGAGGGCUGAAAAUCAUUUGUUUUUUUGAUAAUAUUGAAAAUUGCAACUGUAUUGUUAAAAUCAAUUUAACUUGAAGGAAUCGCGGCUGUAUAUCGCCGCGGUCAAAAAAACAAGCCAAAAGCUGCCUACGCCGUUUCGCCCUUAGCCUACGCGAUUUUCCGACCGAUUUCCGUGCACAAUAUUGUCGAUAAUCCACUCUUACAAAAGACUGAUAAUAUUUCCCCACUUGAUUUUCCUCAAUAAUUCUCUGAACCACCUCUUUACUCGCACGUAACGCAUAGUAUUCGAAUUUCGAGAUUCUUAAAACAUUCCGGAAAAGCUGCAAAAAAAAAUAAUUUGUUUUAAAGUUUCUAUUUAUCUAACGUGUCGAUUUCGGAGGACGACCUUGGCUGCUCAACGUAUUAUUUUCUCUGGGUUCGUCUGCAUGCAAGCCCGGAUUAAGAUGAUUUUGGACCUGAGGCCGAACAAUUUUAAAGGUCCAUAAACAUAUUCAAAAUGUUGGUGUUCAUACAGUACUACCAGCCAAGGCCGGAGGCCCACAACGUUACAAUAUGCAGGGGCCUGGGGCCCAAUCCCUUUAAUCCGGGCCUGUCCGCGUGUUACUUCGGAUUAUCAACUCUAUUAUACAAAUUGGUGUAUUGUGUUGAGAUCUUGGUUCGGUGUCCAGUUCUGUACCGUGUUUGUUUCGGUCUGUGCCGCAGCGGUCUUUUUUGCCGCCUUCCGGUUUCCGUCAUUCGGGUUCUAGACGACCGAGGGAAAACAGUUUGAAAAAGAAAAAAUGAAAAAACGUUUGACCGAAAAAAUAAUAAUAGGUAUUAUCGCCCGUUUUCGUGCACGUUGUGUAUUUACAACACACAACGCUGUCGUCGCGGUGUACACGUGAAAAUCAUCACCCGGUAUAAAAAAAAAAAACGUACACUAUAGGCGCGCGAUAUAAUAUGCACGCGCAGCCGUACCCCGGUUAUUGACAACCGGCCGUAACCCUAACCUACCUACGUUUGUCCCGGUUAUAACCGUGCGCGUUAUACAGUGCGCGAGUAGCGCGUGUACGCGACGAAGAGGUAACCCACCUAUAAUAAUAAUAAUAUAACCCACCUACCUGCCUACGCGUUGCAUUUCCUCGUAACUGGUUUUUGUGGCGCGCCGGCGUCUCAUUAUACGCACGCGCGCGCGCGCGGUACGCCCGUGUAUAAUACAAUCGUGCCGCCGCUUUCGGCGCCCGGAUGCCCGUAUGAAAAUAGCACGGGUUACAUAUUUACGGUCGCGAGCGCUAAUGUACCGCGAGCGAACGGAAUUACAUAUUCUCGCGGCUGAAUCGUCCGGGGGUGAGGUACACUGCAACUACCGUUAUCACAACAAGCGUUGUCGUCGGGUAUUUGUCGCACUUGUACAACAGCGCGUACUUAUUACGUUCAUUACGGUUGUACGAGUUCCAUCCAAACCAUCCCCCGCACGGUACCGAAUUGACGAAACCCCGCGAAACCGGCGCCCGUCGGCCUCUGCGGCUCCCGCGAGUGCUCAUCGAACUCGGCCCGCCGGCCACUCGGACACGUUUCGCGGCCAGCGAAUUCCCGGUUAUUAACGAACUCUGGUUUUAUACCGCGACGCAAUAGCUGCGAGUGGGCCCCGAGUUCGCUGGUCUACUGCGGGGUCCACGUACGCGACGACUCUUGGUAUACUGUUCGGCGUUUUUAAGGUUUCUUUUUUUUCAGACAUCUCACUACAGCCACGCGUUAUGGUUCUUCUUAAAUUGUGUACAUUUUUUUUUUUUUUUUUUUUUUUUAAACUAAAAAUAAAUAAAAAAAUUAAUUUUUCACCGAUUCGCCAAUAUUUUCAUAAAAAAUCGCGGGAAACUAUUCACACGGUUUUAGCCGUUAGUAAAUAUUUGUAACGCCGUAAUUUCGUAUCAAAAUAUUAUGUGUGUAAAAAGCUAUCUAGGAUUUUUUUUAAGGUUUAAAUUUCUCUUUGGUAGGCACUACGUGGGUACAAUUAAAUACGAGGUUCAUGCUAUAUAAAGUUAUAAUAAGUGGUAAAAAAAAAAAUUAAUAAUAAGCGAUAUGUGUAGUAGGCGGCGGCGUCUGGGGCGGCCCGGGUAUGUGAGGACCGUGCCUGAAAAUUCCCGACAUGAUCUUUAUCACAAUAAUUCACGGUCACGUUUCAUAAAUUAACGAAAAUAAAAAAUAAAUAAAUUUUAUACAGUAAUAUUAUACGAUAAUUCACCCGUACGAAAAUAUUUAAUUAACAAUUAUUAUCAAACCUCAAAUCUCGUAUUGUUAUUUUAAUUUUGUUUUCUAUAUACGUUUUCACUUUUCAUUGCGGCCAGCAAAUUAAAAACAAUGUAAAAAAAAAGAAACAAAAUUAAUCGCGCAUGAUUUCCGUUAAAUAAAACGAAAAACUCAAAUUUAUAAACGUAAUUAGGAGGGACCACGCGCGUAUCGUUUCUUUUUUACUGCAUAAAAUAUACUCGACUAAACGGUGCGACAUCGUAAUGUUUAACGAUACGAGUGUAUCGAGUUCAAUUUCCCCGGUAAUAAAACGAGAAUAGAGGGGGGGGGAAGGGAGAAGGACGAGAAAUUAACGUGGAUCAUUAAAAUGGGUCAUUAAUGCUCUAUAAUAAUAUAGUCACCGUUGUUGUAACCGAGUUAAUGAUUGUUAUUUUUAAACGUCGAGUAUGAUAUAGGUAUACUAUAAUGGGUUAAUUAAGUACAUCCGUUACGCAGAUGCGUCGUCUGCAGUUGUUAAACAAUAAUACAUAAAGUAAAAUGUAUUUACUUUCACCGUUAGAAAAAAAAAAAAAAAACCAAUAACAAUAUUAUUAUAAACGACCUUCAGGAGUACGCAUAUAAAAUAUUUAAAAAAUAACCCCAUUCGGAAGUUGUUGUUGUUGUUGUUGUUGUUGUAGUUGUUGCACAGUUAUACGAUUUGAGAAAAUUAUGGCUGAUACUGUUGAUGCGAUCAAUAAACCAUUGCUACCGAAAAACGAUUCUGUGCAGAGUAUUAUUGGCCGUAUUAUUUCCCUUGUGGCCAAGUGGCCGAGAGACCAAUAGCCCGGAAAUCAACGAAAAUUUGCUGAUCAAACGAUUUUCAGUUUUUCCCGUUUUUCAAGAAAACUACACGGAAAAUCGAAAACCGGGCCUUCCCGACGCAUCAAUAGAUCAAAACCGCUACAUGAAAGUUCCAAUAAAGUUCUCGGCCAGAGCAAGAUUUCUGGCAGUAAAGUUUUUUUUACCGACACAAGAAACACAUCAUAGUAAAACCAAUGCAUUCCUCGGUUCGCUCUGCAGAAACUAGAACGUUAAUAACUGCAGAAAAGCAAAAAAAAUAUAACACCAACCCGGUUUGAAAACACAAAAGUACGAUUUUUCCCGGCGGGAGGGCUGACGGCUUAUGUUUCACAAAUAGUUCGAGGCCUCGCCAAAACCUAUUCCAUAAUUUCAUUUCCAAUCGCUAUUUGUCAGAUAUUUUUUCAGGGGCUGUUGUCCCUUCUGGCUUAGUUCCCCGUAUUACGCCCCCCGAUAAAAAUGUUGGAAUCGUAUAAUCAGAUAAUUUUGAAUUUAUUCGGAUUUCAAAAGAAAAACACGCACUAUAAAUCUCGUUCGUCUUCAAGGUCGUCAUUAUAAUAUUUAAUGACCAGACGUGUAUUUCCUAUAUGGAAAUUAACGGUAAAAAAUCAACAUCUAUUUUAAUACGAUACGAAAUCCAAACCGGUCGAGGUCAAUUUUGUUAUAGUAAUCGACGAAAAAAUCGUUAACGACGUCUAUAUAAUAUCACUACGUAUUACCUAGUAUAAAGUUAAGUUAAAAUUAACUGGUAUUUGAUCCGUUUCGUGAAAAAUGGGCACAUUUUCUAAUCAGAUCGAAAUUUCCACGAGGACAAAAUUAUUAGUACCGUGGGAACAAAACAAAUCAAAAUUCCUCCCCCCCCCCAUAAAAAAACCGAUAAGACUGUGAUCAGAGAGAGGGGAGAGGGCAAAAUCCGGUGGGAAUAUUUUGAUCCGUUUUGUAAAAAAAUUUGACCCAUUCACGAAAUUCACGAAAACGGAUCAAAAUUUCCCCGCCGUACGGUGGUCUGAAUCAUAAUUUAGCUUGCCUAAAUGAAUUAUCCUUAGAUUUUAACUUACAUGAUAGUGUGAUACGCCUAACCUAUUAGUUUUGAGGACGCCGAGCGUAAAUUUCGCAUUCGUUUUUCAAUUGACCUGUUGGUUAUGGGGGCUGUGGGAGUUAUUUCUUACAGGUUUACAUUAUUUGUAUUUUUUAUUACGAUUGGUAAGUUUCAAAGGGUGCUGAAUCCAAAUUCCGUAUAGGUUUUUAAUUAACCAUUCAAUUUAGAAAUCGUAUAAGACCGAGAUAUGCAGAUAAAUUCGGUAGAAAAUAUCAUCCAGUCAGUUAAAUUCGAUAUUGAUAAUUGAUAAACUGAAACGGAUCGGAACGUCCCGUUGCCGCCUCCGUCGGAGUAGAGGUACGACAGGUGUGUACCUACGAUGUUACCGUGCCGGUCGCAAGCCGUACAUACGCGAGCGUCACAAUACACACCGGGGUAUUCGAGAAAAAACGACCACAAUUGCGUUUGUGCGGAGUGAAAUCAAAAAUCGUUCUGGCACAUAUUUUUAUUUAUUCCUCCCCCCCCCGGGUGCCGUUUCGAUAUUUUAACGAGUUCCUUUAGUAUAUUGCGGUCCGCGUCGGAAAAGAAAGUCGUGGUUGACACGCGCGAGUAUCGCAUUAUACUAUUAUAUCGUAUUAUGUACGCGCGACACGUAUUAUUGUUAUUACCAUACCCGACGCGUUCUACACGGCGACCGCGGAUUCUUUACGCGUACAUACGGUCAAGGUCGCGCGCGAUUGUCACGGUCGCGUCUCUCUAAACGGUUUUUUUUUUUUUUUUUUUUUUUAUCUAUUCUUAUCGCGCGGACCACGACGACUGCAACAACAGCAACAGCAACAACAACAACAACAACAACUAUACCCGCUCGCGCCCCGUCCCUUUUUGUUACACUCGUCCCCUCCCCUCGUAUACGGACCGGUUCGGUUGAAAAAACACAAAUUCCGGUCGUCAUGGCUCGCAUGACCGCGCGUCGCGAGUUACCUACUUAUACUUGUGUUGUACGUGUGUUUCAGGCGUUGCCGCCAAACGAUGGGGUGGCCGAACGACAAGUUGGGCGGCGUCGUUGCGACGGUCCUGUUGGCGGUGGCGGUCCGCUGCUCGGACAACCAGCAGCACGACUCCGCGGACACCGCGACCGCGGCGGCGGUUGCGCAGACGCCCACGGCCCUGAAAAACGGUUACCACCCGGGCCUGUUCCCGUUCAACAAGGGCGAACCGUUCGUGGUGGACCCGAGCUCGGGUUCGAUAGGCUUUAACACCGGGAGGCCGCCCAGCGACGUGAUGCAGCAGCGGUCCGACGACUAUUACGACUACGACGCCAAACUGGAAGAGGUGCCGUACGACUACAAGGGCGAUCCGAUCGACCGAAAGGACGUGGUCGAGCCCAACGCGCCCAGGCCCAACGACAUCAAACCCCCCGGCGGCAACAACAAGAAACAAACGGAUAUCUAUCAGUUCUUAAACCUGCCCGUCAAGUACAGUUCUAGUGACAAGUUCCCGCUCAUGUCCAGCUCGUACGCCAACACCAAAGUCCAAGGGUCCGGUCCGACGUCGUCUUCGCUCAGCAACCACAAGAUGUCGUCGGCGCCGGUCCUGACCACUGUCGCGCCGCCGCAGCCAUCGUGGUACAAUUACGCCGCCAGCAAGACGCCGUCUCGGGCGCCCGCGACCGCAGCCACAGCCGCGACAAGCACCACCACCACCGCCGCCACCACCACCACCACCGCCACCACCACCACUACCGCCAAAACAACAACGGUCGCGCCAACGACCACCACGACCACGACGACGGCUGCUCCAACGCAUCAGGAAUACGAAGAAGAACCCGUUUACGACUACGCCGAUUACUAUCACCCGCAAGAACCGUCGGCCCCGGCGUCGUCCGAGCUCCCGCAAGCCCCUAGCACUUCUGCCGCAUACCCGAAGACUACAACCAGCACCACCGCGGCCGCCACAACCGCCUCCACAAGCACAACACCCAGCACCACCACGACCGCCGCCGCGACGACCCCCGUGUCCACCGACCGUUAUUACGAUUCCGCGCAUUCCGUUAUUACACCGGAGCCGUCCACCGCCGGCACUACGACGACCGCCGUACGAGUGACCACCGCGGCCGUGGCAUCCGACAAAACGACGGGGGGCACCACCGCCAGACCGGAAAUCGAUUCAAAACUGGACGGAACGUCGUUCGCCGACUACGACACGCCGAUCAGGUCCACGGAAAAGGAACACCAGCAGCAACAGUACAACAAUCACAACAGUUUCAAACCAAUGCCCGGAAACUAUCAGUUUGACGGCGAACAAACGUAUCCGCUGAUAACCAACAGUAAAGUUCCCAUGACCUUCACGGCUCACGUUUCGUCCGGCAUAUCGUUGAACCAAAGGGAACAUUCGCCGCCGGAUCUUAAACCGCCACCUCCGCCCGCGGCACAAUCCGAACCGGCGUACUCGUCCAGACCGUUGACGCAGCAACCGGAAAUACAAGACUCAAACAGGCCGCAGCAGGAACCCAACAAGUACGAGCCGAACACGAGACUGCAAACAACGGCCAACGGCAGACCGGCCGACGCUGGGUCGAGCCCGUCGGAAUCAUCGUCGACGUACUUAUAUAACAGACCCAAGCCGUUAAAGUCCAACAACGGAAACGAUCAAUUCGAAACGGUUUACUACAAAGUCAGGCCGGACUCCUACGCGCCGCAGAUCCCCCCGAACGCAGUGGCGAACCGGCCAUCAGCAAACCCACCGCCGCUGAUACAAAGUCGGCCGCCCCAUCAAACGGAACCCGUGAUGAAAACUACUGCUCAGACCGACAUGAUCAGAAAACCCGCGGUGAACCCGGACCAACUCCUGCAAAUGUCCCAAGGACGGCCUCAACCCUACCCGGUACAAACGGAAAUGCAGUACACGAAAAACAAACCGCAGUACACCGGCCAAACGCAAUACGUCCAUCCGCAGAGCCAACCCCAGUACGUGCAGGCCGCGCAGAGCCAACCCCAGUACGUCGCCCCGCCGUCGCAGAGCAAACCUCAGCAGUACGGUGGCGGCCCACAGAGCCAAACGCCCCAGUACGUGGCUCCACAAAAUCAACCCGAUACGUCCAAAUUCAAGCCACCGAAACACGUGAUAAACCAUUUCAUUAAAACGCAACCGAACGAGGACACCAAGAGCUACGCGCUUCAGACUUCAUUCUCGAUCGGCAUGGACGGCGAACGGACCGCGGACGCGCGUCCGGCACAGGGUAUCGGCCAGGUGUUGAUGGUCGACGACGGUUCCUCCGAAACCGCCGUUAAUCAGACGAUGCCGGUAAAAUCCAAGCCGACGAUGGCCACUACGUCCAUUCCGCUCGUCCCUCCGCCGAGACCAAUGCAGAAACCGUUAUCGUACAAUCCGAGACCACCUCAAUGGGACAACAUACCGAAAUCGCCGUCGUAUUAUCCGCCGCCGCCGCCGCCACCUCCGCCGAAACGCGACAACAUUCCGCCGCCCCAGAGACAGAACUUGCCCAAUAUUCUGCCGCAGUUCAGACCGAACGCCAAAGUGGACGCGCCGCCACCGAUGAUGCCGCCGCAAUCGCAUUCCGCGACCAUUGAACGGGUUCAGAUUCCGAUGGACCAUCUGAGACCUCCGCCGCUUCCCAAGCCGCAAUUCUUGAAAGUAGACAGGAACGACGAAAACGUCGACGAAGACACGCCAGACAUGCAGGAAAAAGAAUCGAGAAUCGUGCAGAGACCCGCGGGACCGCAACAGCCCGGAAAGGUCACCACUUUGCAAAUGAUCCAACAAGCGUCCCCGGUCAACAAAGACAAUCCCGUUCAUCUGGUUUAUGCGGCGAACGCGCCUCCGAAACCGCCGGUCGACAAGUUAAUCGACGAUUCGGUCAUACUGGACGUCAAAGACAGAUCCGACGUUCCGAUACUCAAGACCAAAACGUCCGUUAACAAACCCGUGAAAUCGGAUUUCCCGUAUCAAAUCGUAAAACCGGACGACAAUCAAAACGCGUCAUUGUUAGAAUACAAGGCGUACAGUCCGACAAAACCGGAUCCUAUCAAACCGAAUAACGAUCAGGAACUAGUGCCGAAUCUUCAGGAUUAUGUGCCGGUGGUCACUCGCGAUUCGGCGGCGUCGAACGGCGUUGCGAUGUCGCAAAAACCGAUUGCGGCCACUUUAAAAACGUCGGAAGACAAUCAUAAAAGUUCCGCGGCCGACGAAAGUCACAAGCCCCAACUACAAAAUUUCCAAAUACCGUUCCAGCCCAGUAUGAAAUUGCCGGAAAACAGCAAUGGAUGGUCCGUCGUGAGAAAAUCUCAAGUCGACAACGCUUCCGAGAGAACGGACGAAGCCGGAGACGUGAUCGCGUCUACGGAGAAAUUUGAUCCGGACAAUUUCAAACCGCAUUUAGUCGGUGGUUUCAUGCCGAUCAGUUCACCGCUGGAAGAAGACGAAUCCAAAGAGAACAAAACUGUCGAACAGCUCGAGAGAGCGUGAAAACCCGUACAGGAUUAGAAUUAGAUAGGUUACCUCCAUACGAUUUCGUAACAAUUACAAGUUCACCGCCGCAAAGUAUUCGGCGUGCAAUUUAAACAUUCCGAUAUACGCGUUACCUAAUCGAAUGGGUGGGUGGGUGGGUGCCGACGAAGCGAAUACCCACUUUUUUUUUUAUUUAUUUAUUUAUGUAUAUAAUGUAUGUAGAUAGAAAUAUAUUACUGUAAUGCGCAAAAAAAAAAAUGAAAAUUUCAAAACUGAAAACCGUUUCGAUUAGGUGUGCCUACUAUAUAUGAAAAUAUGCCUGAUCAAAAUAAUUAUUUUUUAACGAGCAUUACGUUAUUUCGAUUCCGAUUAUAAUAUUUAAUCAUCGUACGUUUUCCAAAAAUGUAUCGCCUGUUUCGCUUGGCAAUAACAAUUAGUAGGUAUAGGUGUAUAAUAAUAAUAAUAAUAAUAAUAAUAAUAGAUUUAUAUAUAUGUAUUUUUUUUCCCGUGUAUACACACUCCUAUAAGUACCUAGCAAUAUUGUAUUCAUAAUAUUUUUGUCUCCUAAAUAUUGUGAAAAUUGUGCGCAUUUGUAUAUUAAAUACACAUAUAUACAUAUUAUUUUACUCGUAAUGUAGAAAUCCUAAGUAUAAAAUACUGAAACAAAGCUCAAUAACAUUAUGCCACCUAUUUUAUUUUAUAACGUAAAUAUAUUAACAUUAUUGUAUCUAAGAAUGAUUUUGUAAUCUGUAUGCGAACUAUUUUAUUUUUAAUAAAUUAAACAAAAAUUACAUACC